CGUGUGUUGUCACCUGGUCACAUGUGGACUCUGACGUCACGUGACUCUGGGUUUGCGGAAGCCUGUCAGGUGAAGACUGUCAGUCCUCUGCGCACGCUGCUCUCCGGCUCCUCUCUCCACUGUGACGUUCCAGUGAAGCAGACCUGUGACAGGAUCUGGCUGCUGCUCGUCUUUGUCACCGCAGCUUCCUGCCAGCAGAGCGUGAGCAGCGUGGUGGGACAGCACGUCCUGCUGCCCUGCGCCUAUGAGCCGGCUGACAAGCUGCCGCCUCGCGUCAACGUCUUCUGGCGCUGGGGCGACGACGUCAACGUCUACAAUAUCGUCCAGAAUGUUCAGCACCUGCAGAACCAGGCGCCUCGCUUCAGGAACCGCGUCAGCAGCUUCCCAGAACUCUACCGGACCGGAAACUUCUCCCUGCUGCUGCAGAAAGUCACGCUGAACGACAGCGGGUCCUACAGCUGCCACGUCCCGGCGGAGAACUUCCGGCAGAACGUCCAGCUCGAUGUCCAGCUCACAGGUGAGGAGAACAAGACGACAGGGGGAGGUGCCGCUGGAAACCGAAUAGGAAACAAGAGCGGCAGCAUCGGCAUCAGGCUAAACCACCUGACCCUGCUGGUGUUCCUGCUGCUGGGUCAGAGCGUCCUCUGUCAAAACUGAACACAGUUUUCUUUGUUUAUUUAUCAGAUCUUGAGCUCUGCUUUAUUUUCCUGGGCAUUUGGAAGUAAACAGCAGAAACCAAAACUUUAUUUCUGCAUAAAAGCUGAUGAAAGUUUCCUGAACGCAGCGUUUAACCCUCUGACACCCGAGCACAUUCACAUUCACCUCAUUACUGUCAAAAACACCAGAAAGAAGCUGAUGAGCAAACUGGCCUGGAAUCUGCAAAACGUCCCGACAAAAAUAUAUUUUUUUUUCUAAACAAGCAGCAGAGAAACUGGAAAAAAACAAAAUGACCCGAAAAUUAGUGAAAUGUUACAGGAAAAUUUGCAAAUAAAUAAAUAAAGUCACAAGACAGCUAGGUUUAAAAGGAAAUCACAAGAAAAUUACCUCCAAAAUACCUUCAAAAUAAAAGUUUGAUCCAGACAGUCCAUAUAAUGCAGCAAAUAAUAUAAAAAAUGUUCAUGUAAGUAGAAACAGUCGCUUUGUUUUCCAGACAUAACAGAAGCUACAUGUGUGACGUUACAGCGCCCACUACAGGCCACAUUUAGUGCUGCAUCAAUAAUCCUCUGAAACUCAGGAGUCCAUCUGAAAAAAACAAAUAAAUAAAAAAUUAAAUAAAAUCCUAUCCCUCACUGUGAAAUCAGAAUAAAAGAAGAUUGUUUUUAUUAUUGGGACAAAAGGUUUGAAAGGCUCAAAGAAAGUUUGGUCAUCUUUAUUUUAAUUUUAUUUGUGUUUGAGUAUGUGUAUAUAUUUUUAAAUUAUCUAUUGACUUUUUUUUCAGAUGAGAAUCUCUGCUGUUCAGCAAAAAAAAAAUAUUGUCGUCGUAGACAGUAUUGAUUAUUAAAAUAUAUUUGUUGAAGUUCAAGUUAAAUAAAUCAUUUCAAAAUAAAGCGCGGCUCAUGGUUCCAGAGGGUUAAGCUGUCAUGUCACAGACAGUUUACACUGUGGCAUAAUUAAUUCAUAACUUAAUUAAUUAUGCCACAGUCCAGUUCUUCUGCAAGUUUCCUACAUGAAGGUUGUUUUUCUGUAAACAGGCUGUUAUUUUAUAUGGAGGAUUACAUUUUUUAUCUCUGUGUUAUUUAUGGUAUUUAUUUCCCGUCUGUCUGGAGGCUCAGUGUCGUCUGUCUGGUUCAGAGUGAAGCAGGAAAUGUUUUAUUAGAUUUAAUUUGCACUAACAAAGCUGAAUAAAUCUCCCAAUCAUUUUUUUUCUUUUCCCCAAAAAAUGUCAGGAAAUCCAGACAGUUUGGAGCUGCUUGAUGAAUCACUCCGAACUACAGGUCAUAUUCAGAAAAAAAAAUUAUGUGUGUGUGUGUGUGUGUAUAUAUAUAUAUAUAGAAUGUAGACAUUUUUCAGCAGCAUAGCUGUGAUGCCGCCAGCUGCCUUUACCUGAAUCUAGUAGAGCUGCUGAAAAUAGAAGAGAAGACAUGUUUUUGUAUAAUAAAACAAUCCUGAUCAGUGAUUCUGUGCUGAAUAAAAUAUAGAAUAAAAUUUUUGGGGCUGAUAGAAAAUAAUAUGUAGAAUAAAAAAAUACUGAGCAGUGAUUUGUCCAAAAUUUAAAAAAUAGCAUAAAAAAUAAUAAAAUGUGCAGAAUAAAAAACGCUGCUCAGUGAUGGUUUGGCUGCGGUCUGACCCACAGCAACUCGCUAAGGCUUCUGGGUAAUGUAGUUUUUCAUUAAAAAAAAAAACAAACAAAAAAAAAACACAUCACCUACAUUUAGUUUUGGUUCUGUGAGGAAAAUGCUUCCGUGUUCCAGCUCUGUUCUCGGUUCUCCACGCUGCACCUUAAAUUUAGUCUUCCAGGUUUUUCCAGAAUGUUCUGAAGUAUUUUUGACGCUUUUGUGAGAUUUUGAGGUUUUGUUUAAAUAAUUAAACACAGAUAAAAAAAAAAAACAAAAAACAAAAAAAAACGGGAUGUCAGUUUGUGGAUCAGCAGCCGCUGCAUCUAUUCAAAACACCUCCAUGUUGUCCUUUUCAUUCAUUCACUCAUUCAUUCAUUCAUGUGUUUUGACGUUUAAAUGAUUUGUAACAGACAUGAUAAGUGAUUUGUAACAGUUUGUGAUUUGUCAGCAUAAUCAGGGAUCUUUACUCUGGGAAUCAACUGGAAUUUGGGGUUUUGCUGCUCUCUUCCGGCAGGGUGUCGGCAUGCUAACAGCUAGCCUGCCGUUAGCCUAGCCGUGCUAAUGUCCUGAACUGAAAGCCUCAGAGAAGUCAAGGCUCUCCUCCACACUGGAUUUGGUCUCCAGCCUCAGAGUUUGGGUUCAGAAACACUCGAGCGACACGUGGAGUUUCACUCUCACAGCAGCCACGGCUCGGUUUCUUCUUCUUUGGUUCUUUACACGUCAUUCUCUCCUGCUAGCUAAGAUGAUGGCGGCUAACAUAAGCUAUUGAGAGGAAAUACCAAACUCUGAGAAUAGAAACCAAAUCCAGUGUGGAGAAAAGUCUGGAACAGUCUUUACUGAACUGUUAACCGCUCUGGCCAAAAUCAUGUUUCUCUGCCCUGAAAGUUCCCAACACGCCUGAGCCUAUUUGCAUAUUCAUAGAUCUGCGCAUUUUUAAUGAGGGCAGGAUUUCCAGUUAUAUUUCCUGGCGUCUGCAGACAGUGAGAGUCUGAGAUCCAGACCGACUGAAUCUUAUUGACGCUCUUGAGUUCACGAGAAGAACGUUGUCGGCGUACGUAAUCACUCUGCACCGCCACAGAGGAGAACAGUGAAGCUCUGCAGCCGUGGCAUUAAUGUGGUGAUCUUAAUUAUUAAAAUUAAGUGAUGAAGUGAAUCCAAAGAAGAAGAGGAGGAGGGGGGGGAGGAGGACCCGCUCGUUUUCUUCUUCCUUUGAAUCCCAAACAUUUAAUUUCUGCUCAUUUCACCUCCUAAAUUUAUGAGUUAUGAGUUACACAUGGAUGAGGGAUCAGUUUAAUGUUGAUGAACAGAAAUCAUUUUUAGGGUCUUAAACAACAUCAAAGUGGAUCAUCGAGGUGCAGACGGAGGGUUCGGUCAGUGGCCGGGGCGUUAGCAGGGCUAGGCUAACAGCAGGCUAGCUGCUAGCAUGCUAACGGCCUGCAGGUUCUUGUUCUGCCUCAAAGCUUCAUUAUGAUGAACUGACAGACGAGCUGUGGAGGAAGGAGCUCAGACUCGCCUCAGCAGAACCUCUGUCUUCAGGUCCACCAUCAUCACCAUCAUCAUCAUCAUUAUCAUAUUCACACCACGCUGCCUGUUGCCGAGCAGCUGCUGUUAAAAAAAGAUUUUACAGUGGUCCCUCAUUAAUCGCGGGAGAUAACGGGAAUUGCGGGAAUAACCCGCAAUAGGCAAAAUCCGCAAAGUAGUCAGCUUUAUUUUUUUACAAUUAUUAUAGAUGUUUAAAGGCUGUAAAACCCCUCACUACACACUUUAUGCACUUUUCUCAGACAGGCAUUAACAUUUUCUCACUUUCUUCUCUUGUUUAAACAUUCUCACUCUUUUUUACAAUACGCUGUAAAA